AUGCGAAUUCAGCACGAGAUGGACAAGACAAACCUCCCGACUGAGUCGGAGCCGCCAAUGUCGCCCGACGUUGUCCACCACCCCAAACCGCAAUCUCCCAGCGAGUUCACAACUCGGGCGAACCUCACGCUCGCAGGCUCGUUCGGGGUGAUGUUCUGCACCGUCGGCUUUGGGAAUGCUUUUGGGGUGUUCCAGGAGUACUACGAAGCGAGCCUUCUUUCCAACGAGUCAGAGUCCAACGUCUCAUGGCUGGGAUCGAUCAAUAUCUUCCUGCUAUUUGCGGGCUCCCUCUUCACCGGUCCGAUCCUUGAUCUGUUUGGGCCAGUGAUAAUGUUUUGGCUCGGCAGUAUUGCAACAGCCUUCUCGAUGAUGAUGACCUCUCUCUGCAAGGAAUUUUGGCAAUUCAUCCUCGCUCAGGGUAUCCUCCUUGGCCUGUCCAUGACUCUACUCGUCUGUCCGGCCGUUGCGCUCGUUAGCCAGUACUUCCGGAAGCGACGUGCUGUCGCCGUUGGCGUGACCGUCGCCGGGUCCUCCAUUGGGGGCGUUGUGUGGCCCAUCAUCGUGAACGAGCUGUUGAAGAAGCCGAAUAUCGGUUUUGGCUGGACGAUGCGCAUUUCGGGCUUCAUCAUGUUGGUCAUCUUGGUCGUAUCAAGCAUCAUCGCCCGUUCCCCAGAGAAACAAAACAAGUCAGACGCCGAAAAGCAGCAGAGCACACCUGCUGGAAACCGAAAGUGGGACUGGACCAUCGUGAAGACGCCUGCGAUGCUCCUUACGGCCCUUGGAUUCUUUUUCAACUACCUUGGCAUGUUCUCUCCGUUUUUCUUCGUCACUAGCUACGCCGUCACCAGAGGGUUCUCGCAAAACCUGGCCUUCUACACCGUCUCGAUUCUCAACGGGGGCUCGUUCUUUGGGCGGGUUCUUCCCGGUCUGGUGGCCGAUCGCUAUGGCAAGUUCAACUUGUGCAUCAUCAUGACGGCUUUCUCUGGCAUCAUCGCGCUGUGUUGGACCACCGCGACGUCGGUUGCAGGACUUGUCAUCUUUUCUGCUGCGUACGGGUUUGCCUCCGGAGGUAUUCUUUCGCUGCAGCAGGCCUGUGCUGCUCAACUCGCAACGCCACAGACGAUGGGAACGGCUUUGGGAUUUGUGAUGACCGCGGCUGCGCUUGCGUCGCUCGCAGGAAUACCAGUCAGCGGAGAACUGGCCGGUAAAUACGGCUAUCUUCCGCUAUCCAUCUAUUCAGGAGUCAGCCUUCUCACGGGCGCUGUAGUUCUUUUCUUUGCGAAGCUCGUUCAGAAUCGCGAUCUGCGGGCUGUAGUCUGA